GUGGAUAGUGUACUGGGGAUAUUCUAAUCAGUCAUUAGCAAGAAACAGAGUGCAUGUUUUAGAGUAAAGCAAGUCGUAGCUGGGGAUGAGCUUUUAAUCUUUAGCGACAUAAAUUGCACCUCUGUUGUCCAAGACGUACGUGUAAACAUUUUAACGACAAGGAAAACACCACCUACAAAUACAGACAGAUUGAAUAUCCGAGACGAGAGGAAAAUAUCAGGGAGCAGUGGUGGCUGUGAUAGACCGCGAACACACCGUAAGAAUCAGGUUAUAGGUCGGGCUCCUAGAGGAUGUCUGCAACCACUGUGGAUCAGAGACCAAAAGGACAAGGCAAUAAAGUGCAAAACGGUUCGAUGCAUCAGAAAGAUACUGUGAAUGAUGACGACUUUGAGCCAUACUUAAGCAACCAGACAAAUCAGAGCAACAGUUACCCCCCCAUGUCGGACCCCUACAUGCCCAGCUACUACGCCCCCUCCAUCGGCUUCCCGUACUCGCUGGGGGAGGCGGCCUGGUCGACGGCGGGCGACCCCCCCGUGCCGUACCUCGCCGCCUACGGCCAGAUGAGCAACGGCGAGCACCACCACUUCCUGCCGGACGGCUCGGUGUUCGGGCAGCCCCCCGGCGCCGCGCUGGGCAACACGCCGCCCUUCCUGGGCCAGCAGCCGGCCGGCUUCAACUUCUUCCCGCCCAGCAACGCCGACUUCUCCACCUGGGCCACGAGCGGCGCCUCGCAGGGCCCGUCCACACAGAGCUCGGUCUACAGCAACAGCUACGGCUACGCGCCCACCAGCUCCCUCGGACGCGCCAUCGCCGACGCUGGGCAGGCGGGUUUCGGGGGCAGCGGUGGAGGUGGUGGCAACGGUAGUGACUCGCAGCUCAACAAGCUGCCCGGCCUGGGCGGGGGCAUGGGCGUGGGUGUCGGGGGCAUGGGCAUCGAGCCGGGCAUGGCGGCGCUGAAGCUGGGCUCGGACGUGGUGGCGGCGGCCACUAAGACGGUGGGCUCGCCGCUGGCCGGCUCGGUGGGCAUGAGCAGCAUGGUGGCGGUCACCGGGGUCACCGGCGGCACGCUGCCCUCCUCCGUCUCCGUCAGCUCCCUCUCGGCGGCGCCCAAGCCCACCUCGUGGGCCGCCGUGGCCCGCAAGCCCGCCAAGCCGCCCCAGCAGCAGCCCAAAGUGAAGCCCAAGGGGCCGGGGGGCAUGGUGCUGGGGGGCAUGGGGGCGGGCAUGGGGGGGAUGGGGAUAGGCAACGUCAACGUCAACGUCAACGUCAACGUCCCCUGGCCGCCCAUCAAGCAUAACAUGAAUAUCGGCACCUGGGACGACAAGGGCUCACUCCCCAAGCCCCCCCCUCCCCACAACCAUAACCAUAACCAGGCCCUGGCUCAGCAGAUGCUGCCCCCCCCUCCACAGACUCUGGUGCAGCAGCAGCAUCUCCUAGCCCAACUGCAGAGCCCCCUGCCCCCCCACCAUCAGCAUCAGCACCAGCCCCAACACCAACAUCAACACCAACACCAACAUCAACACCAACAUCAACAGCUGCAGCUGCAGUCACCCCAACCCCCCCAGCAUGGCCACCCCCACCCCCACCCCCACCCCCAGCAGCUGCACCAGCACCAGCAGCAGCAUCCGCAUCAGCACCAACAACCUCCCCUGUUGCCUCCCCAUCAGCAGCCGAGCGGCCCCCCGCCCCAGCAGAACCGCUGGGUGGCGCCCAGGAACCGUGGCGCGGGGGCCGGGGGCGGCUUCGGACAGGGCGGCAUGGAGAGCUUCGGCAUGGGCCCCGGCGGCGUGGGCAUGGGCCCUGGCGGCGCACCCGGUGGCGGGAUGUGUGAACCGCACCCGGUCCUGGAGAAGCUGCGCGCGCUCAACAACUACAACCCCAAAGACUUCGAGUGGAACCUGCGGACGGGCCGCGUGUUCAUCAUCAAGAGCUACUCGGAGGACGACAUCCACCGCUCCAUCAAGUACAACAUCUGGUGCAGCACGGAGCACGGCAACAAGCGCCUGGACGCCGCCUUCCGCUCGCUGGGCGCCGCCACCCCCGCCGCCGCCAAGGGCCCGCUCUACCUGCUCUUCAGCGUCAACGGCAGCGGGCACUUCUGCGGCGUGGCCGAGAUGCGUUCACCCGUGGACUACAACGCCUACGCCGGCGUCUGGUCUCAGGACAAGUGGAAGGGCAAGUUCGAGGUCAAGUGGGCGUUCGUCAAGGACGUGCCCAACAGCCAGCUGCGCCACAUCCGGCUGGAGAACAACGACAACAAGCCGGUGACCAACUCGCGGGACACGCAGGAGGUGCCUCUGGAGAAGGCCAAGCAGGUGCUGAAGAUCAUCGCCGCGUUCAAGCACACCACCUCCAUCUUCGACGACUUUGCACAUUACGAGAAGAGGCAGGAGGAGGAGGACGCCAUGAGGAGGGAGCGGAAUAGAAAUAAACAAUAACUUCACCAAGAGACAGCCUGCGCUAGAGACGGCGACGCUAAUGGCGUAGAACAGAACAGAACCGAAUCUUAAGACUCUUGCCUAACCACCAUGGGGAAGACGCAACAGGAAGAGGCUUUUCCACGCCCUCCCUCUUCUCUUCUCUUCUCUUCUCUUCUCUCUCUCUCUCUCUCUCUCCUGAAGACUUGUGUAGGAGAACAAACACUUUAACACUACGCUGGACUUGUGUGUGUGCGUGUCUGUGUGCGUGUGUGUGUGUGUGCGUGUGUGUGUGUGCGUGUGCGCGUGCGCGUGCGCGUGUGCGUUUGUGUGUGAGUCGAGCUCUUUGUUAUGUCUGCUCCCCUGCACUCGAGAGUCACGUGAUUGAGAAUGAAUGAAAAGAAAGAAGUUUGGUCACUUCAACUGUAUCCUGAAGCACUUUGCCACUUCCCCAAGGCUGACACCGCCAUCUUGAAAAGCCACCCUCACACUUCUGUUUCAGUAGGCCCCCUGGUGAACUAUAAGUAACCAUGACGAUUGGUUCAGGAGAUUCUUUUGUAAUUGACUGUUUUGUUCUCUCUUUUUUUCACUCUUAUGUUUUUUUUUUCUUUUAUUUGUUCUUUUUUUGUGGUUGGUACUUCUCUAAUCAUCAAAAAUUGUAAGGGCUCGGAGAAGAUUGACAAUAGUAUUAUUAUGCACCACGUAACAGGAAUGCAACGACAGAAACAGAAACUUGAAGGUGCG